UGCACAGACCAGUGUGGAAGGAGGAACACGGAAGAGGAAUAAAAGCAAUCGGCAGCUCUUUCCAUUGAACCCCCAAGAUCUCCGUCCCUGCUAUUAGCGUUCAGAGCUGCAAAGCAGCCAGUAACAUUAGAAGGCUGGAUCCAGUCGCAGUGCCUCUCCACAUACACUGAGCGAUAAGAAACAAAGGUGACCCAAAGCUUCAAGAAAUAAAUGCAUACAUCUUGUGGAUGCAGAUAACGCCAUGAUACCCAAACAGAUUAUUGCAGAGAUUGAUGUUACGGGAACUGGAAGAAUCUAAGUUUGGUUAUGAAGGUGUAACAAGCAAUUGUCGAUAAAUUGCUUCAAAGGAAUAGUUAAUUUGCAAUUUCUGAAACAGUAUUAACAGUGCCAUUCCAAGGAGAGUUAUUUUUCGAGAACAUAUACUCAGUCAUGUUUAUUGGGAAGAUUGUCACCUUGAGCCAUUUCAGUUCACAUUUGUUACGUUCACUUCAUUGACUCCUGAAGUUCUCAGACAGUAGUUUUCUUCAAAACUAAUCUUCAUUACCAGUGUCACAGAUCCAAGGAGAGUGUUACAACGUUUGACACUGCCGAAGCAUGUCCAAAACCACAGAGAUUGUCAAUCUCUCAUUCUUAAUGGAUAAUGAAAAGGAAAUGAUCUUGGAGGUUUUACGCCGUGAUGAACAGUUGCGAAAAGCUGAAGAAAAGAGAAUAAGGAAGUUAAAGAAUGAGCUCAUCAAAAUCCGAGGUUCUUCAAUAAAUCGAAGAAAGCAGCAAAUCAGUGACCGAGUCUGUAGAAGAUGUCAGAAGACGCUUGGCCUAAUCUUCUUCAGAGGAGACCUUUGCCAGACAUGCAAUGACCGUGUGUGUACGGAAUGUAGAAUUAUUGCCAGUGAUGGGACCUGGAAGUGCACUGUGUGCGCUAAAGUUGCAGAGCUGCGGGUUGUCACCGGAGAGUGGUUUUUUGAAGCGAGAGCAAAACGAUUUGAACCUGCAUCAGGAAUGGGAUCUGAUCUCAUCAAACAGUCAAUCAUCAGGAAACCUAUAGGAGACAAGACUGACCAACCAAAGGAAAAACCAAAUCAGAAAAAUCCAGAUGAAGCUUCAAGGACCUCCACAUUAACCAGAAAUGAGAAAAAAGUGGUUCCUGAAGUAUUCAAACGGAUUAAAAAACAAGGGAAGUCUAAUCAGAAGGUACAGAAUGGUCAGGGCAUCGAUACCUCAUCUGAGGAUGGAAAAAGUAUCAGCUUGGCAGGUUCAGAUUUUGAAAUGGAAAGUAUACCAUCCGCAACAUUGUCUGGCAGCAGAACAUCCACCCCAGUGCUCCAGAUCUCACCAGCAUCCAGCAAACGCAGCAUUGUUUCAGAGAGUAACAAGAGGGCUAAAUCUUCAGAAAGUGUUGACACUCUGUCAAUGAGUAACAGUGUGCCCAAGGAUCUGGUCAAAGGAAAAAACAAUUUGCCUAAAAUAGCAAUUUCCAGAUAUUCCAUUUCAUCAGAUCGCAGUAGAUCAGAGUUGGACUUGAGUGGAUCCUAUACAUCUGGCAAUGAAGAUUCUAUUAGCCUCAGGAGUAAAAGUGUGCCUGGAGGUCUCAAUGAAGCCAUGGAUUAUCUUGAGGAAGAAGAGGAGGAGGAGGAAGAGGAGGAAGAUAUCGAUGACUUGGUCUCUAUGUAUCGCCCAAGCAGUGGAAGAAGCAGUCUGGGAAGUGGUUUAUCGGUGACCAGUUUAAAUAGCAUGAUAAGUGUCUACAGUGAAACAGGAGACUAUGGCAAUGUCAAUAUCAGUGGGGAAAUCCUCCUUGCAAUCAACUAUAGCUACAAAAGUGGGGCAUUAAAUAUUAUUGUGAAGGAAUGUCGCAAUUUAGCAAUCGGAGAUGAAAAGAAACAAAGAACUGACCCCUAUGUGAAGACUUACCUCCUCCCAGACAAAUCUCGCCAGAGCAAGCGCAAGACUAAGCUCAAAUCAAACACAACAAAUCCAGUUUACAAUGAAACAUUGAAGUAUGUCAUUAGUCACUCACAACUGGAGACAAGAACUCUACAGCUGUCAGUCUGGCAUUAUGACAGGUUUGGACGGAACAGUUUCCUGGGUGAAGUGGAGAUACCAUUUGAUUCAUGGGAUUUGGAAAAUAACGUUGAGGAUUGGUUUCCGCUGCAGCCAAAGAUGGAGGCCCCGGUAGAUAAUGUUCUACAGUAUAAAGGAGAAUUGACAGUUUCUUUGCGCUAUGUCCCAUUUGGUCAGACAUUAACUGUUCCAAGAGAACAUGGAAGAGCUAAAAGAAAUUUAAUUCGAGGAAAGAAAGACCCUGCCCAGAUAUCUAAUGGUGGAGUACUGCAGGUGCUCAUUAAGGAAGCAAAAAAUUUAACUGCUGUAAAAACAGGAGGCGUUUCAGAUACCUUUGUAAAAGGAUACUUGCUUCCUGACAACAACAAAGCUUCUAAGCACAAAACGCCAAUCGUGAAAAAAAGUGUAAACCCCAAGUGGAACCAUAUCUUCACCUACAGCGGUUUACACCCAAAUGAUCUACAAAAUGUCUCCUUAGAAUUAACGGUCUGGGACAAAGAAUCACUUUCCAGCAACGUUUUUCUAGGUGGUGUCAGACUCGGAUAUGGCAAUGGCUAUAGCUAUGGAAGUGAAGUUGAUUGGAUGGAUUCCCAAGGAGAGGAACAACACAUUUGGCUUCAGAUGAUAGCAAACCCAGGUGUCUUUGUGGAGAGCACAAUAAUGCUGAGAGCCAGCAUGGGAAAGCGCAAAUUUUGAGCCUGAUAGACUGAAAGAAUACAAUGUAAAAUACUACACACUGUCAAACUACUGUAUUUAUCAAGGCUGACAUGGUUGGGAUAAGGCUGUGACUGAAGACAUUACUUUAUAAAAAUAAACCUGAUUUCACAUCUUAGUUUUUGUAAAUAUAAUUUCCUUGGGAUUUUUAAAAAAUAAAGGAAAGCACCUGAUAUCUCAAAUAGUAUUCAUAAAAUAUUUUCUUCUAGUUGUUCAGUUGUGUCUGUCUCUGUAGAAUCAGGAGUUUGUAGAAGUUCACUACUUUAUUGAAAAGUAGCUAAUGAGGUUCUAGUCUCAAAUGCCACCAAUAAUUAAACUUAUCCCAACUUCCUGAUUUCACUGAGUUAGCAGUCUCAAAUGUUGGAAACCUUACCUGUGCAAUAACUCUACCAAGAUCAUAACUUAAGAAAAACAGGAUGCAGAGGAAAUCUUUUCCCAGCAUCUGUAACAAACAUAUUUCUAUUUUAUGGCAGACUUCACUCUUUCCAUAGAUUGGUCAUUUCAAAAACCUUGGUCUCUCUCUGCCACAGACUAUUUCAGGUAGAAAGGGAGCAAUGAAGCUUAAGUCAAUCCCAAGAGUAAAUGAGUAAGCCCGACCUGAAUCUUUGUCUGACAUUGCUCCUUGUUUUAAUUAGAGUUGUUACUACUUUCUGUGAGCAAGGGUAGUACACAGUACCUCAGUGAAAAUGAAUUUUUUUUAGGGUUAAAAGGACGAAGUGUUGGUAUUUAAAAAUGGAUACAAAUCAAACCAUUGAUGAACUGUAUUCCAAUUAAACAAUCUUAAAUGCUAAAACAAUUGAAAAUAAAUAAAACAGCAAAGCAUACAUUAUUCUUCCAAGAAACCAACAGCUGUUAAUUAUUGUGGAAUGAUGUACUUGCUUUAGAGUCUACAAUGUAAAGCACAUUAUCUAAUUAAAAAAAACAGAAAGUAUGUGGAAACUCUUGGUUUUAGUCAUUGAUCCUUAUCAUUUUGGUAGAAAACAAAAAUAUAUCAAAAAUCAAUGAACUUACAAGUUCUCCUAGACAUUUCCUGAUGCUUUCACAUUCAAAACAGAGAGUCUGGAUUCUCAUCCUGUAAAUAUUCCACUUAAGCCAUGCAAUUCUUUUGUGGAAAACUCUGAAGAUUCUAAGGUGCUACAGGUUAUUCAAUUAUAAGUUAAUUCAGCUGUCAUUAGAGCAACCAAUUUGUACUUUAGGAUUUUAGCUCAUUAACAAGAAUAGAAUAGUUUCAGCCACUGUGAAGUUAAAUAUUGUUUUAUUAAAAAAAUGCCGAUCAGUAAGGCAAAGUCUCCAUAGUCUCACUCUCUCAUUCGGGAGAGGUGACAUGGUGUGUUUAACAUGAGGCUCGCCAUACCUCAAGUGAGGGGCAAAGUCAAGACCUGCAUGGUAAUCUCAGCCAGUGCAGAAAUUGAAGCCACACUAUGGCCUCACUCUUCAUUGCAAACUAGCUGUCCAGCCCCAGCAGAGUUAAAUGUCCAUUCAGCCAUGGUUCUUUUUUAUGGCUUUAGUGACUAGAAAUGGGGGUUGGAACUCCAGAGUGGAUACACUUGAUUUGUGAUAGCACACAAGGUCUUAACACUACAUAUAUAUGUGGGGGAUAUCAUUUUGGCUGAAAUUCUCAAGCCUAUUUCACAACAGUGAUAAAGGAAUGAUAUCCACUUAGUUCAAUGUUUGGCCAGGGAACCACAUUCUAGUGGGAACCAUCAACUACGGCAGAGAAGAGUAGUGAGAAAAAAAAACUCAAGAUAAAAUAUUCAACAACAGUGAAGAGAUAUUGUGAUAGGUGUCGUAAUAAGAGUUCUCCAGUACUGGUUUGCUGGGAACAAAGUGCACUUCUGAGAAAUAAUUAAGUUCAACAUUAUCCUUUUGUUUGAAUUGUCGAAGUGAAAACAUUGUAUUACAAAACAGUGACUGUGUAAUUGUUACCAUUAUCAAUCAAGGAGAAAUGAUUAACUCCAGAAUUAAAUAUUUUUAAACUAAUAUUAUUACUUUAUCUAUUGCUGUAACAGAUUACCCAGCUCUUCUGUUUUAAACUUUGCGAUUUCACAAU